AUGGCCGAUUGGGGCAGGGGUUCUUAUAUGCCGGAAAGUCUUCCCUUAGUCUACAGAUGGUUUAAGCUAAUGCAAAGGAAAGGUCAAGACUUUCUGAAGCUGUUGGAUAACGUUGAGAACUUUGUCUUUCGCCCUUACGGCACCUCGGCAGAGACCUUCACCUUCGUGCCCUUUUAUGCUGAUGUCAGUGACACCGUUGAGGUUCUAGCGGCCAUGUCGCAAAGCAGCCAGUUCAAAAAGUAUGCCAUGUUGAAUGUUACUCCUAUUCCGCUGCCUACUCUUGGAGACAGUCGCUCGGAGAUUUCUGUACCUUACUCACCUUAUCGGGUUAGGCGGCAGUUUGGGCUUGAUCAAGGAGUACCGAGCAGUCCUAACCAUGCUGACCCCUUCGUGCUGCACAGAGUCUUCUGGAGCAAUGACCCUAUACCAAACUGUUGUAGGCCCCUUGUUUUAGCUAGCAAGAGGAGGAUUGGCGGCUUCUCCCGAGGUUACCAAGCUUACUGGAACCGCUGCCUCGCCUCCUUGCGUGAAUUCCAAUCUUUUCCUGGAGAUAGAUUGCCUCCUACAACAGCUCAUCUUGCCGGCUUGGUGUUGGAAGAGAAAGCCAUCCCUCUAAGCCAAAAACGCAAUUUGCCUUUUAUUUCCAAGAGCGGUGAUAUCGUUGGAGAAUUUCCUAAGACAAAGCCAAAGCCGGGAGUACAGAGUCCUUGUGGUUCCGGGAAAAAUGCAACACUAGUGUCAGGUAAAAGGAAGCGAGAGGAGGAGCAGAAUGUGAAGGAGAAGCAGAUUGCCCGUAAACCCAAAAGGUUUAUUCCAAAGGUAGCCCCAAGUGGCCCUCCUCAAACCAAAGAAGCAACUCCCCCAUAA